AUGGCUGUGGUUAAUGCAGUUGCAUGUUUGAGCACAAAAAACCCAUCAAUGGCGAUUCAUCAUCAUCAUCAUCAAGUGGGUUCAUUGGAGAGAGGAGGAAAUACUCUCUCUUCGUUCAAAAUGGGUGUGAUGAUUGAUCGCUGCAGGAAUAUGAAUAAUGUUAAGUAUUAUAAGAACACCAUUCGCCCAAAGUAUGAUAAUAAUAGUAAUAAGUAUUGCAUAAGGUGUUUGAAAGGGCACGUCCAGAUUGCGCCGCCGGCGGUGCUGGAGAAGCUGCUCAACGGAGGGGCAGUUCCCGCCGCUCCGGCGCUUCAGCCCGCCGUCAUCCCCCAACCCAAAACCCUAGUCACCAGAAAAGACUUCCCCCCCGAUUUCAAGUUUGGCUGCUCCACUUCCGCCCUCCAGACAGAAGGAGCUGGAGAUGAAGGAGGGAGAGGAGCCAGCACUUGGGACAGCUUUAUCCAAGAUGGAAAGGGUGACACGGAUGUUGCUGUUGAUUCUUACAAUCGCUACAAAGAUGAUGUACAACUUUUGAAGAAGAUGGGCGUCGACACCUAUCGAUUCUCCAUUGCUUGGCCAAGGAUUCUUCCAUAUGGAACAAUGAGUGGUGGAAUAAACCAAGAAGGCAUUGAUUUCUACAACAAGUUCAUUGAUGAACUAAUAAAGAACGGGAUAACUCCAUUUGUGACACUCUUCCAUUUCGACUUACCACAAGUAUUGCAGGACGAGUACAAAGGCUUCUUGAGCAGUCAGAUUGUGGAUGACUUCAAAGCCUAUGCAGACCUCUGUUUCAAAACUUUUGGGGACCGAGUGAAGCACUGGACAACCAUCAAUGAGCCUCAAGUGUUUGGGCAGUAUGGCUAUAAAGUUGGAAUGGCCUCUAACGCUAAUGCAAAUCCUGCAACGGACCCUUUCCUUGCUUCCCACCACAUCCUAUUGGCACAUGCUGCUGCUGCUAAGCUCUACAAACAAAAUUAUCAGGCUAGUCAAGGUGGGGAGAUUGGGAUAUCAAUAGUGACUCAGUGGUUCGAGCCACAUGGGCUCACACGGCUCGAUGGAGAAGCAUCUGAGAGAGCAUUUGAUUUCUUGGUUGGAUGGUUUAUGGAACCAUUGAUGUUUGGGGAUUACCCAUUUAUAAUGAAAGCCCUUGUGAGAGAUGGGCUGCCAGCUUUUACAGAGGAGGAGAAGGAUUUGGUAAAAGGGUCUUUUGAUUUCAUAGGGAUCAAUUACUACACUUCCAGAUAUGCACUCUCUCUCCCCAUAAGCCCUGACACUGAAUACACCAGCUAUGAUCAAUUCCAGCAUGUUGAGUUGAAAGUCGACAGAAAUGGAAAGCCCAUUGGUGAGCUGGCACCUGGAAGUGAUGCCAUUUAUGUGUAUCCACAAGGGCUAAGGGAUGCUCUGGUCUACAUAAAGAAACAGUACUGCAAUCCCAAAAUGUACAUUACAGAAAAUGGUUAUCCGGAGAAAAGAGACGACACGAUGUUGACUGAGAGUGCCCUGCAGGAUGAUUCCAGAAUUCAACACAUUCUCAGUCAUCUAUAUGCAGUUUCAGAAGCCAGGAAGCAAGGGGCAGAUGUUGAAGGGUACUUCAUGUGGGCUCUGAUGGACUGCAUGGAAAUGGGUUCGGGUUACGAAGUCCGGUUCGGGCUUAACUACACGGAUUACCUCAACAACUUGAACCGGGUCCCCAAGAAGUCUGCAAGGUGGUUCAACUCGUUCUUGGGAUGGCUUACAGUGGGGGGUACCGCAGAACUGAGAGGAUGCCGGAGACGGCGAUGGUUGCUGGAGGCUCGUGGGAAAGCGGCGGCGACUAUGAGUGGCCGGAGAAGUGGCGGUUCAUGCGGCAGCAGCAGGAAUACGCCGAAGCUGGUAUUAUUGGGUGAGCUUGAAAGUGGCCAGCCGGAGCAGAGGGUGAUAUUGGCAGUCACUGAGUCGUCGGAGGACUCUGGUUCGUGGGUUGUGCGACUGUUGGAGAAGCCUCAGCUCACGGCUGGUGGGCUGUGGCAGAGUGCUGCUGGUAUGGCCGGAGCAAGGAGAGUGGGCGCGGGAGGGUGGCCGGAGGUUCAUGGAGCCAUUGUGUUUGGAGAUUACCCAUUUAUAAUGAAAGCUCUGGCAAGAGAUGGGGCGUCAGCUUUUACAGAGGAUGAGAAAGAUUUGGCACCAGGGAGAAAAGACAUUUACUUGUACCCGAAAGGGCUGACGGAUGCUCUGAACCCGUUUCCAACAGGUUAUCCAGAGAAAUGGGGCAAUGCUAUCUCAGUGGAGAAUGCCCUGCAGGAUGAUGCCAGAAUUCAACACAUUCUCAGCCAUCUAUCAGCUAUUUCAGAAGCCAGGAAGUUGUUCAGGACAAUAUCAUGGAUCGAUCCUUGCUCUAUGUGGCCAUUUGAAUGUACUACUAAGGAUCAUUUGGUUUUCCUGUACAGGCAAGGGGCAGAUGUUCAGGGGUACUUCAUGUGGUCUCUGAUGGACUGCAUGGAAAUGAAUAUGGGUUACAAGGUCCGGUUCGGGCUUUACUACACAGAUUACCUCAACAAUUUGAAGCGGAUCCCCAAGAAGUCCGUGGACUGGCUCAAGUCUUUCUUGGUAACCCGAAGUGAAGUUGAUGCCCCCUUUUAA